AUGAGUGCGGCUCCGAGAGAGAAGAAGAAGCCCAGCGCGCUGCGCUCGAUCAUUGCCGGUUCGACGGCCGGCGCAGUAGAAAUUGCGAUCACAUACCCUGCCGAAUUCGCCAAAACCCGCACCCAACUCAACCGACGAUUACCAGACGGCAAGAAGCUGCCAUGGCCGCCCUUCGGAAGUCAAUGGUACGCAGGCUGCACGACAUUGAUAGUAGGCAACUCGAUUAAAGCCGGCAUACGCUUCGUCGCCUUCGACACCUACAAGUCCUUCCUCGCCGACGAAAACGGCCACGUCUCCGGCCCCGGCAACGUGAUCGCAGGCUUCGGCGCCGGCGUAACCGAAUCGCUCCUCGCCGUAACUCCCUUCGAGUCCAUAAAAACACAGCUCAUCGACGACCGCAAGUCGCCCAAGCCACGCAUGCGCGGCUUUCUUCACGGCACCGCCCUCAUCGCGCGCGAAAAGGGCAUCCGCGGCUUCUUCCAGGGCUUCGUACCCACGACCGCGCGGCAGGCGGCCAACUCGGCGACGCGCUUCGGGAGCUACACGACGCUGCGGCAGCUGGCGCAGAGCUAUGUCGCGCCGGGGGAGAAGCUGGGCGCGCUCAGCACGUUUGGGAUUGGAGGCUUGGCGGGAGUGAUUACGGUGUAUGUGACGAUGCCGCUGGACACGAUCAAGACACGCAUGCAGAGUAUAGAGGCGAGGAAGGAGUAUAAGAACACGUUUAAUUGCGCGGCGAGGAUCUUUAGGGAGGAGGGGGUGCUGACGUUUUGGUCGGGGGCGGUGCCGAGGUUGGCGAGGCUGAUUCUGAGUGGGGGGAUUGUGUUUACGAUGUACGAGAAGACGAUGGAGGCGUUUGAUAAGUUUGACCCGGAAGGACGAUACAUAUAG